GCGAAGUAGUUUUUUACGAGAUUUGGUUGUCGGACUCAGAAACGAUGCUCUUGGCGUUUAAAACGUAUGCGUCUUGACGAGCUAACAUAUAUAUAAUUAAAGAAAGAAAUUAGUAAUGCUCCGCGUGAAGCCGUACUUGUUUUACUGCGGUUCUUGAGAUGAAAACGAGGAGGCGGGCCGGGGGUGGCCGGCUACGGCCGGCUUGCCGCGCAUAGUUUCGUUUUUCGUGAUGAACCCGGCCACAACGGUGUGCUGUUGCCAAAGCAGCCAAAGUCUGACAGCGUUGUCGGGUCCUCGGAAAGUGGCGCCUGCUGCAUACUUCUCCGAUGGAAUCGGGACAACAGAGUUUUCGAACGAUGAGCUCCAAGAACACCUUAUCCUUCGUCUUCCUUUGGAUCCAAGACCCGCGCAACACCAACGGCACCUACACAUCUGCGUGUCGCCAGUUCUUUGAGUCGCUCGAAUGCACGUCCGCCGCCCGAAUACACGUUUCGGAACCUUCCCCAAAACUCAGCAAUGACGCCUACGAAGACCCAGUGUACCAAGCCGUCUGCACAGUCAGCUUCGGCGACGGUCCCCUGCCCGCCAAACUAGAAGACCUUUACGGAGUUAUUGCACUUCGAUGGUGCUUGGAAGCCAGGAAGGACACAUUCCGCGGUCGCCUCCAGUGGCUUGCACCAGACCGCGUGUCGUGUCGCAGCUGGGUGUCCUACGAAAACAACAUACAGCUUGCGUCGGUGUCGUUUGGCACCUUCGUUGGUCUGGACGUCUUCGCCGAGACGAGCCUGAUCAGCUCACAGUCGAACGCUCCAGGCUACUCCACGAGCUGCAUCUUCAAGCAUGACGAGAAGACGCUUCACGUCGUGCUGCGUUUGCGGCAUACUCCCUCCUGCACACGGCUGGAAGACACGUACCGACUCGAGGUCCCCUACAGCAGCGUUGUUCGCGUCGUCGUGAAUGACAGCGAGGGGCUUGCAACCACGACCGACGUCUUUCUACACGUGCGGACCCUACCAUUGCUCUAUGUGAGGGUGGAGCCAACGAAGUCGGCUGUGGCUCAGCCGACCAACCCGGACCACUUCAUCUUCAACAGGGCUCUCGAGCUGGGCUGCCGCUGCCUGCCUCUCUUUGCGUGCUACGACUUCAGGGGCAGCUCCGUCGUCAAACUGAGUGUGCGCAACAAGUUCAAGGCGAGGCAGAUCGUGAGACGGCUACGUCAGCGAUGCGACAAGGGCACCGAGUUCUUCUUCUCGCCGAUGGAGACGUGCGACGUUCACUGCAAGUUGGAUGCGGUCCGACGCUACUUCCAUGCGAAGUUCGCCCCCCAGCUUCGCUACUCGUGCUGCUAUGCCCUGAACGCGCUCCUCUACCCGAGCAACGACGUCUUUGCUCAGAUGGCGCUGCUAAAGGGAGGUGCGUUGACGCAGCUUCAGAACAACCUGAUCGAGUUUGCGCUCGACAACGAGGCGGCGCUCGAGCAGGCGUUCUUUCGCCUUCGCUCUGCCAUCGAGGAACGCAAUGUUGUCACCGUGGUGACCGCCAUACCGGAGCUGUUCCACAAGUUUCGCGGAGGCUUCGUCGUGCCGAGGGUUCCGCCGGGGUCCUGCAUGGUGCGGCGGAUCUUUGUGAUGCCUUCGGGCCUCGUCUUCCUCCCGCCCAUCGUGCACCGCGACAACAGGGUGCUCCGCCGGUUCGACUCCGAGUACGCGCUCCGCGUGGCGUUCCGAGACGAUAACAUGCAGCACCUCUCGCACUCCCUCGCGUUCCAUCAGCAGAAGGAUGAGAUGUUGGAGAGGAUCGUUGCAAAGUUUCUCCGGGACGGAAUCCAGUUGGGUGACCGCAAGUUCAUGUUCCUGGCAACGUCUUGCAGCCAGCUUCGGGACCAUGGUGUCUGGCUCUAUGCUAGGGACACUCACGGAUGCUCGGCGGAGUCGAUCCGCCGCUGGAUGGGGGACUUCAGCAACAUUCCCAGCGUUGCCAAGAAGAUGGCCCGGAUGGGACAGUGCUUCUCCUCGACGGAGGAGUCUGUCAAGGUGCCCCUGGACGGAAAGGCAGUGGAGGACAGACCGGACAUUGUUGGAGGGAAGCACCCCCGUUCUGGCAGGCCAUUUAUCUUCUCGGAUGGCAUCGGGAUGAUCUCCCAGCCGCUCUUGGAGAAGGUCUGCAAAAAGCUGGAGAUGGCACAGAUUCCAUCAGCGAUCCAGAUCCGCUACGCGGGCUACAAGGGCAUGCUGUGCGUGAACCCACUGUUGCCAGGAGACAAGCUGGUCCUGCGGGAGAGCAUGCGCAAGUUCACCUGUUCCAGCUCAGACAGCCUGGAAGUCAUCAAGGUCUCCGCACCACGCCCGGUGUGCCUGAAUCGGCCGCUGAUCACCAUCCUGGAGCAGCUGGGAGUGCCCAGCCGCGUCUUCCUGUGCCUGCAGCAGAAGAUGGUGCUCAUGUUUGCUGACGCGCUCGUGUGCGAGAGCACGGCACUGCAGGUGCUCUGCACCUACCUGAGUGGUGCCCUGCCCUUCCGUCGCCUGCGCAUGCAUGGCCUCUGCCUCACCCGCAACCCGUUUGUGCGUUCCCUGCUCUACACGGUCUACAAGAGCACCAUGGACGGCCUGCACACCAAGAGCCGCAUUGCUGUGCCACUGAACAAGGGCCGCAACAUGCUGGGCGUUCUGGACGAGACCGACACCCUGAAGUACGGGCAGGUGUUUGUGCAGUACACCGCACUGGGGCCGGACACCGAGGGGCAGGACGACGGGCUUCCCAAGACCCGCAUUGUCAGAGGUGCCGUCCUGGUGACCAAGUGUCCCUGCCUGCAUCCCGGCGACGUGCGCAAGUUCACGGCGGUGGACGUUCCGGCGCUGCACCACGUCAAGGACUGCGUCGUGUUCCCUGCCAGGGGUCCCAGGCCGCACCCAAACGAGAUGGCCGGCUCCGACCUUGACGGCGACGAGUAUGUGGUCAUCUGGAAGAAGGACCUCCUUUUCCCGGGGCCAAACAGGAAAGCGAUGGUCUUCAGCGACCACUCUGCAACGUGUGAUGCCAACAAGUCCCUGCUGGAAGGCAUGAUCCAGUUCGUCUGCAACUACAUCAAGAACGACAAUGUCGGCAUCAUGUCCAACGCCCAUCUGGCAUGGGCAGACAGCCUGGAGGAUGGCAUCUUCUCGAAACAGUGCCUGCAGAUUGCCCGGAAGAUCUCGACCUGCCUGGACUUCGCCAAGACCGGCGAGACCUCGUACCUCAACAAGGAUGAGAAGCCCAUUCAGUACCCGGACUUCAUGGAGAAGGGAAGCUCUAAGGACACGUACCGCUCGAAGCGUGUCCUUGGCCACCUGUACCGUCUACAUCGGUCGCUUGAAGCCGUCGUGGGCACCGACUUUCAGACGUGCGUCAAGGACGGAGACGCCGACUGCUCGCUGUUUGCACUCCCUGGCUGGGAGGAGUACGCUGCAGCUGCUGAGAGCGUCCGUGCAAACUAUGCGUCGCAGAUGGCGCGAAUACGACGCCAGUACGGCAUCAAGAGCGAGGGCGAAGUGGUCGCGGGACUCAUCAACAGCACGUCCAGGUACAACACGAGCAAUAAGGACAAGACAAACGUCGAGAUCUGCGUGGAGAAGCAGUACCGCGCCCUGGUGAGAGCGACGCAAGAACGCUUCUACAGGGACGUCAGCGCCGCCUGCUACUGCAGGAACGGACACUCCGGCGGCGUUGCCGUGGACGUUGGGAACACCGUGGCCCUGCGGAUGGCGUCCGCCUGGUACAUGGUGACGUUUUCCGGAGCGCGCCUGGACAAGAACUGCCAGAGCUUUCCGUGGGCCAUCGCGGAUGUGCUCGUGCUGGUUUUGAAGGAACGGAGCGCGUCGGGUGCUGAUGAAAAGAUAGUGCCGCGGAACCUUCUGAUCACGAAACUGAAUCGCGUGAUUGCUGGGGAGGGACGAGAGGGCGAGCUUGCCCUCAACGUCAUCAGGAAAUGGGCGACCAAGGAGGAACUGACGAAGCGGACGGCAACGAGGGGACCGGGCAUCUGCGAACCUUGUCUCGUCGCGCUGUUUGAGAGUUUCAUCUCUCGCGCUUUGUAUCCGGCGACGCCGGUGGACGAAGAGAGCCCGGGGAGCGCGGCUCUUCAGCACACGGCGCAAGACUGGUUCUUUGGGGGUCAGCUGCCGACCGUCGGCGGCUACGUGGUCGGAUUUCUCCGGUACCUGAGCAGCGCGAUGGUGAGGUUCCCGGAGUGCGACGUCUGCAACUUGUCCGCGUCGCACACGCACACGGCGACGAUGGCGGCACUGAGGACUUACAGCAUGCUUGCGCUCUCACGGGACCCCUGCCACUUGGGACUGCCCUGCGUCCAGAGCCACGAGCCGUUGCAAGAAAUCCUCGAGGGAAACCCGGUUCGGAUACAGGUCACCAGACAAGGAUUCAUGGAGAUGCUGCGCUACAGCGUAGAAGACGUGCAGAAGCUGCUGGCCAGCUGGUCUGGCGUGCAAGAGGUGCACAUCAGGGGCAACAGCAACCGGGACGGCAGCUACUAUAUUCUGGUGUCGGCCAUUGGCCGCGACUGGCAGCGCUGGUAUCUGGAAGAAGUCCUUCUGCAGCCAUGGUUGGCCGAGGCUGUGGAAAGACAAGAUCUCGCACCUUAUCUCCAGGCUUGAGAGUGCCUCUGUUGCGAUCGGCAAGCUGUUUGCCGAUUGGUCUCCGAUUAGUAUUCGGUCCAUCAUAUUUUCGGCACGCUGCGUGUCCUCGUUGUGACAAAGCCAUAGUGCCACCGUUUGACCACUCUUAAAGUGCCUUACUUCGUGUUUGUCUUGUGACGUUUAGCUUCGGAGCAAUGCGGCACUUUGCUCUAGUGUUCUUUCUGAAAGGCCCGUGGUUCAUCCUUUAUGUUGGGUGAGCCUUUUGCCGAUCGGUCUCGUUGUUCGGCGUCCUUGCUGUGGUAAAGCCAUCACGCUGCCUUUUGAAAACUCUCUAAGUGCCUUAUUUCAUUGUUUGCUUUGCGGUGGUCAGGUUGGCAUUAAAGAACUACAGCACUCUAUACUCGGUGACAAGUUCAAAAUGCAGUAAAUGCGCUGCCUGCAGCGCAAACUUUCGGUCUUCGACGGCACUUUGGCACAUGCGCCGCCAAAACCCAGUAGAAGGCGCAUGAGGCAGAGCCUUUACUGCAUUCUUAACCUGUUUCAUCUUUUAAUAGUGCUCUUUACAAAAGCCUGUGGUUCAGAAAGCAACCCGGGGAGCAAUAUGCCUUUGUGUACAUUCCUUGCAAGUGCCUUGAUCUUUCUAAGUCAUUCCCUAGCUGUUCCUAAAAUGUUACCUUACAAGGGAGGCAAACCUUGCCAAGUCAAUAUACAAGAAGAUCAUGAGAGAUCUCUAUGCUUAAAAUAAACUGCGUGAGUCGGAGGUUUAGCUGUCGCCCAGAUGGGAGUAUAUUGUGGGCUGGAAAGUUAUUUUCUUCUUUAUGCGCAAGUUUCAUAUUGUUACUCAACCUCAAACUAUUUCAGAGUUUGCAAUUCAUUCCUGGUGCCAUGCCAGAACAGGUGCUGAGCUUUGGCUCAAGCUAUUUCCGCUUCAAUCCUCCCUUUUUGCCUUUUUUAUUUUAGCAGCUCAGCAUACUCCAAGCAUCUCUUUUAUUUCUUUGGUGGCAAUAGUCUUGUUGAGACAAUUUUAUAGCUCCACUUGUGACCUUUAAAUAGUUUUUAAAAGCAAAUGCAAGUGGCUUCUUAAAAGUUUUAACCUAUAUACGAAGAAAUAUGCUAUUUGCGGCACAUAGCCAGGGAGGGUCCCAUGGGGCCUGGGCCCCAUGGGACCCCCCCUGGCUAUGUGCCUGCAGCAAAGAUCACAUUAGUCUGUAAUGCUUGUUUUUACUACCUUGGAGACCAUUUGCAGUCAUUUUGGGUUUCAAAGUGCCAUUCGCCCCUUUUUUAGCGUAUGAUACUGCAUUAAUUUUUGAAGUGUCACUCAAGCCAUAUCAGCUAUAGCACAUAUCACCAGUGUAAUGCUGUGCAUUAGAGGUUGCACUCUUUAUACUACAGUGUGCCAAGUCAUAAAUCAAAAGAUCUGAACGUGCCGUCUUGAAAUAUUCAAGUCCGCAUAUUGCCUUGCAACCCAAAACAGCUCAUGCCGCCUGUGCAGGUGUCCACUGGAGCAUUGUUUACCGAGCCUAUUGUCGUCACGGUGGAUGAUGUUGGCUUUUAAUGGGAGCUUUUCUCUGUGCUCAAACUUUAUUAACCUAGUUGUCAAGGUGCCUAGAUAUUUUAAGUAUUUUUGCACUUGUGGCCAUACUAUAUUUUGCAGUAGUAUUGUUUUAGAUUUCUAUGAUAUUUUUAUGUUUGGCUGUGACGUGUGCCUUGGAUUUUUUGUACUCCUAUGGAAUUAAAUCAUUUUAGUUAUUUACA